AUGUCUUCUGCGCAGGGAUUUAUCAAGUCUACCCAGCCUGGUAGAUUCACCGCUACAUUCAACGUCGACGGUGCUUUAUACCUCUUCUCAGGCAACGUCAACCCGCCAACUCAGCCCUUCGAAAGCAAUUCUGCAACCCUGGAGUACAACUCGGCUGCGGCCCUCGAGGGGUCUCAGCAGUUCACCGGAAUAAUCGGAAGUCGCAACGAGGUCUCAUUCACGUUCGAGGAUGGCACGGCGAUCAAAGGGCCUCUUGAUAUUCCGAUCAGCCCUGCUUCUCAAGUUGGUGGUACGGGAUACUGGUCCCAGGGGUAA